AUUUUUGCAGCUACUUAUUCUCUUUUCUUCGUCUCAGAUUCCAAAGCGCAAACCUAAACCGUUAAAGAACUGCCAAGAUUCUAUUUUGAGUUGCCUGUAACUCAGUUCGUUUGAUUUCUCGAAAAGGGGAAGGAAGCACCGGCCAAGUCUGGGCUUAUACCAACUAAUUUAGGGAUUUAAAAAACAGUUCGAAUGUGGGAUUUUUGGAGGAGGCAUAAGAGAAAAGUGUAUGUUGCACUUGGAGCUUUUGGGGGCGGGUAUGUACUGUACAAGCUAUACGAUGCUCGGAGGCGUAGUCUUAGUGCUCUGCAGCGGCAGCUUGCUGAUGAGAGAGAAAAUGAGGAACUCAUCAAAGCCCAAAUACAAGCGCAUUUUCAGAGCGUCCAGAGAAUAGCCGACACAGCAACGAUGCCUCAUGUGAUGCAUUACUUAGAUAUUCAUUUGGCUGAGAGCUUGGACCUCACACCUUUGACAGAGAGAUUAAUUCAAGGAAAGGACCAAGCAACUACUUUAACCAAAACAGAGAAGCUUGAACUAUGGGACAGACUUAAAAUAUUGAGUUUUACAAAAAUGGUAUCAUCUAUUUGGGCGUUGACUAUGCUGUGCCUCUAUAUCAGGGUCCAAGUCAAUAUCUUAGGGAGACAUCUAUAUAUUGACACGGCACGAGGUCUUGGAAGUUCUCAUCUGCUUGAUGAAGCUGAAAUGAUUGACAAGAAUGAUGAACAACAGUUUUUGGCCUGUGCUGAUUAUCUUUCUAAUCGUGGUCUGCUUUCUUUGAUAUCUGAUACAGAGGCUGUGACAGUGGAAGUACUCAAGGGAAAACACCUGAAAGAUAUCUUCAGCACUAUGUUAGUUCACGAUGCUAUUAUACACAUAUUGGAGACGUUAAUGAUUAGGCAUAGCCCUAGUCAGUGGGUGGGUUAUCUGAUGCCUGAUGAUGGCGAUGUUUACAAAUUUGUUGCACCAUCCAACAGCGGUGGAUCAGAUUUCUCACAUGUUACAAAAUUUGAGUUGCUCAUGGGGGAAACACGCGCAGUGUUGUCAAGUGCUGAGUUUGCCAAUGUUGUCGACAUAUCUCUAAGAGCAGUGGUGAAUGCUGUCUUGGAGGAUCUAAACAGCCAUUGCGGCAAAAACAAUUUGAUGUCUGGGAUGCCACUUGCCAGACUCGUGCCGAGGAUAGCUCUUAUGGCUCAACAGCUUCUUACGGAAUCGAACAGAGGUAGGUACAUCCAAAUGAUUCGGAACAUACCUGAAGUUGAACAAUUCUUCACCCUUUUAUACUCGAGCACGCCCGCAUAGAGCAGAAUCACUGUCUCAGUUUAUGUGAAACUUGAAAAGGUUAAUUCAAGUAUGUGGUGAUGAUGUACAAGCUAUUAAAGAGAAGAAGACAAUUUUUGUUGUAAUAUCUUCUUGCAAAUGUAACCCAUGGCUAUUUGUUUGAUUAAUUUCAGUAUCAUUGGUGA